AUGUGCCUCAAGAGAUUUCACAAAAGUAGCCAUGACCGAGACGACACUAACUGCGACGCAAGGGAAGGGAUCGUGCCCCACGAUUUCAGCGUCUUCCCCGAUUCGUUGAAGGGCAAACGAAUCUUGCUGUGCACAGAGUCCUUUGGGCCCGUCAACGGCGUCAGCAGGACGACCCUGAUGCUCGUCAACCACCUACGCUCCCACGGCGCACUCGUCGCCGUGGUGGCUCCUCACAACCAUACGAAGCACAACACGUUCGUAGCCAACAAAUACAGCAGCAGCAGCAGCAGCAGCGACGAAGAAGAAGAAGACUCCCAGAUCGAGCUCCGAAUUCACGGAUACCCCUUACCGUUCAACCCCGAGCUUUCCAUCGUGUAUCCCGUCAGGAUGAGGCAACGACCAGCAGAGAGACAAAUCCCCAUCAUCUGCAAUUUUCAGACGGACCUCGCGGGCUACUGCGCCAUCCUGUUCCCGCGGCCGCUCAGCGACGUGGCCGUGUACACGUUUGCGACGGUGCAGAGCUACCUCUUCCGGCACAAGUCGGUCAAGACGGUGCUCUACCCUUCGCGCUUCGUGCGGCGCUACCUCGAGGCGCAGGGCGUACAGGACGACAAGCUCGAGGUGCUCCGCCGCGGGGUAAACACGGAGCUCUUCCACCCGGAUCGGCGGAGCGAGGCGCUACGCCGGGAGAUUGCGCCGGACGGCGAAGUGAUUUUAAUCUGCGUAUCGCGCAUCGCGGGCGAAAAGGGGUUCGACUUCCUCGCGCGGGCAGCCAAGCUGCUGCACGACCGGGGCCUCCGGUUCAAGCUGUACAUUGUCGGGGGCAACCGAAACGCCGAGGUGGAGAGGGAGAUUCAGGGCCUGUUCGAGCCCCUGGUGGAGAAGGGCAAGGUGCUCUUCGCGGGCUUCCAGGUGGGCGAGGAGUUGGCGGCGGCGUACGCGUCGGGCGACGUGUUCCUGCACUGCUCCGUCACGGAAACGUUUGGGCUCGUGGUGCUCGAGUCCAUGGCGAGCGGGUGCCCGUCAUCGCCCGGGACGAAGGGGGCCCAGCGACAUCGUGCACGAUGGGGUUCCGGCUACCUCGUGCCGCCGGACGACUUGGAGCAGUUUGUGCGGCGCGUGGCCGAGGUCGUGGAGGAUGGCGAGCUGCGGGCGCGGUUGGGCGCCGAGUAG